AUGUCUGACGCGUUUAAGGCCCGGACGCUGAAAAGGAAGAAUGUCAAGGGAUUGGCGUUGAAUGCUCCGCCUCCCCGAACAGCACCCUCCGAUGGCGAUGCACAAAUACCUGGAGCGCUUGGAAAUACAGACAGUGACCGAACAGACACUUUGGAGAUUGGCUUGGAAUUCAAACUCGACCUCAGAAGUGAAGAUCUAAUUGUGUUGAAAGAGUUGGGUGCUGGCAAUGGCGGUACUGUCAGCAAAGUCAUGCAUGCUUCGACCAAAGUGAUCAUGGCAAGAAAGGUCAUUCGAGUCGAUGCAAAAGAGAACGUCCGAAAACAAAUUGUCAGAGAAUUGCAGGUGGGCGCCGACUGCAGUUCGCCGUACGUCAUCACAUACUACGGAGCUUUCCAGAAUGAAGCUCGUGACAUUGUACUCUGUAUGGAAUAUAUGGAUUGCGGAUCCCUGGAUCGCAUAUCAAAAGAUUUUGGACCCACACGUGUCGAUGUACUUGGGAAAAUUACAGAAUCUAUUCUUGGAGGUCUAGUAUACCUUUACGAAGCCCACCGUAUCAUGCACCGAGAUAUCAAACCCUCCAAUGUCUUGGUCAAUUCUAGAGGAAUGAUCAAGCUAUGCGAUUUUGGCGUGGCUACCGAGACCGUCAACUCAGUGGCCAACACGUUUGUCGGAACGUCGACGUACAUGGCGCCGGAACGAAUUCAAGGUGGAGCAUACACCAUCAAGUCCGACGUCUGGAGCGUGGGUCUGACGGUGAUGGAACUUGCCAUUGGAAGAUUUCCGUUCGAUUCAAGCGAUUCUGCCGCGGGCGACAGAGCCAGUGCUGGACCAAUGGGUAUUCUCGACCUUUUGCAAACUAUAGUUCACGAGCCUGCGCCCAAACUCCCAAAAAGCGAAGCCUUCCCAUCAAUCCUAGAGGAUUUUGUCGCCAAGUGUCUGCUCAAGAACCCAGAUGAGAGACCGACACCCCGAGAGCUCUACGACAGAGACAACUUUCUGCAGGCCGCGAAGAGAACGCCGGUUGAUUUACAGGAAUGGGCGGUCUCGAUGAUGGAGCGACACAAUCGAAAAUCAUACUUAGCACCUCCUGCGCCAAAAUCCCUGAAGAGCGAUGGCACAAGCUCGGAUGGCUCUCACACAACCUCUUCGGCGUCAACAGCUUCAUUUGCGGGUGAUGCCCGUGUCACUCCCGUGACAGCCAAGCAAUAUGCUAGUCCGACAUCUGGCAACAUCCCGUUAGCACCGCCUCAGUCCAGUUUUCAAGGAACACCAACCGGCAUUGUGGAGAGAUCGCCUCCUCCCCCGCUAUCCUUACAACAUUUGUCAUUGGAGACUAGGGACGCGCCGAACGGAAUUGGACCACGUGCUAACCGUAUGGGUUACAACGACCGUGACAAUAUUCCUGAGCCUGCUUCGGCCAUUGAGCCUUCUCAAAGACCCAUGUUCCCGCCGAGGACAAGUAGUAGCGGCAAUACGAUGAAUGGACGAAACCCGUUGAUAAGUCCAGCGUUUUCUGUGCGGCAACCUCCACCAACUGGUCCGUUACCUCCUCCCAUGAAGGACUUACCUGCACCUCCGACAUUAAAGAGUGCAGGAAUAGCUAGCCCGCGCCGACCAAGAUAA